UACGGCUUAGCUGCACCUAGAAGGUGUGUCGAAACCUUCACGGAAAUAUAACUACUUCAAAAUGGGCUCAAAAAAGAGGUUCAUUGCCUUUCUACUGACAGCAGUCUUGUUUGGAAUUACAAAAACGGUCGAUGGUGCAGACGCUAUGGUGACGAUGUUGGAUGCCAUGGAAGUUAUGAUGACAGGACAACCUCUCUACGACCGUGAAUAUCUAGCAGAACUCUUCAGGUGUAUGGACACUUUCGAUCAUCGUCUCGUUACAUCACAAAACAAUGCAUGGCAAGGUAUGAUCGACUACUGGCUUGCUGGAGGUGGUGUAGAUGAUGUUUGGGGAGAAUACGAACCUGGUUACUACGAGCGCAAUGUAACAACUACUGAUGUCUUCAACAUGACUAUCUAUGAGCCGUGCAAUUAUGCCUCCAACAUGGCAACGUACCACCCAGUAACGGAAAUUUGUUACCGCAGAGACCUGGGUUCACCUUUUACCUUACCACUUGAUUAUAUUAAUGCAGCUGGUACCGCCUUCUCCGAACUGUCCAUGGGGUCUUCUUUCAUGCAUGGAAGUCACACCGAGCUGGGACAUCAACUCGACACUAAACCUAUAGCAGUUCUCGCCUAUCUCAUACAUCAAGGAAGUUUGUCAUCUCUGACAGAGGCGUCAUCCGUUGUGAAGGAUCUCAGUUACACUCCACGAAGUAUGUCAGCUCUCCAGCUAGCCGAUGAGUUCGUAAACCAAUACAUGACUAAACCUGUGAAUGAAUGGUAUGCCUUUACUCAGUCGCUCGAUAUUCCUGACUAUUAUCUUUCUUUUGCCGGGAUUUUCUCGACUGCGGUAACCGUUGGUCUUCCUCCUGAAAUUGUGGACCAGCUUAUUCCCUUUUUGGCCAAUGCAUUUGGACUUCCUGACGAAUUCCUGGCCUUCAUUCAAGACGACUACCUGCCAGAAAUGAGGAACCUGACAUCAAAUCUUGACUUGGGCAUCAUCGAAGAAACCAAGUUCCUGGAGAAUUUGAUCGGAACAACUUCGAAAUUGAUUUAUGCUUUUAUAUGGCAGGAACAUGUGCUCACUGACAAUCCACAGUUUCUAGAUCCUGAAGUUAACGCUCUAGGCUGGCAAUAUCUACCUAUUGUAAAUGCUUGGGCUAAUUCUUUAAACUCGUUUGAAUAUUUCGAGCCUGACUUCCAAAAUGGAACCAACAUUUACCCAGGCGACGAGUGGUGCAAUCCAACAUGGCCGCACGCAAAAUGGCAUCUAGAAUCAGCAAUAGGUCUGCUAGAUCUGUUCUACCUAGGCGAUGAAGUCAACAGACUUCUAUCACAAGUCUAGGUCAAGAUGUAGCUAUAACUGAUCUAAUACAACGGAUCGGACAUGGGUUUAUUACUAAAAAUAUGCGGAAGUCUUGUGUCAAUUCUUCGAUAUCAUCUGAUGAAUGAUGUAUUUACGUUAGGCAUAUAAUUAUUUCACAACUAAAUGCCUUAAUUUAUUUUAGCACACCACACUGUCUAAACUCUAAACGCUUAUAAUUAGAUGUUGAACUGUAUUUUCGAAGUAAAAAAAAACAAUAGACGAUACCGUUUUACAUUAAUGAAGGAAUAUCUGACUUAUAUUAUUUGUUGUUUAAAAUUGAGAUAUUAAAAUGAUAAUUUUGAA